GGUAAACGAUGGUAUAAUCUGAAAAAGGUCAACUAGAGGUAAAGUCGCUUGCCAGAUGGGUCUGCUGAAAGUCAGACGGGACCACAUCUGGUAACUGAUCAAGCUUAUCAGCCAAGAGGGAGGAGUUUAAACAAAGGCCCUUUCCACAUAAAAAAUGGAAGCUUUUGCAGAGAAGCCAUGGUGUCCUGCUCUCAACACUACAUGCUGCCGUUUCUGCUUCUAAAACCUUCAACUAAGACGGUUGUUUCCUGAUUCUGCUGUUGGAAGCUACAAAGCAUUGUUCCAUGGGUUUUGCUGCCCCUGCCUGCACUGAACAAAGAUAAUUACUCAGGAAACAUUUCGGCCAAUCAGGCGCGGCCUUGCAUCUUGCUCGUGAGGAAAGCGACCAGUCAGGAUCUGGCUAACAUCACCGGGGCCUGAUCGCCUUGCCUGAAGAGCGGAGCCUUCCCCGACUGAGGGCUGAGAGUGUCCUCCAUGUUUUAUAAGUGUUGACAUAACAGUGUGUCAGGCAGCCAUGCAUCCACAGAGUCUGGCUGAGGAGGAGAUAAAGACAGAGUCUGAUGUGGUAGAGGGAAUGGAUGCAUCUGUGCGAUCCAAAGUCCCUGAUCCACCAGGGUCAGCAGAAAGAUCAGUGGCACCACAGAAACGAAAGGUGUCGAGUCCCACCCAUUCCUCCAAUGGGCACUCUCCCUCAGACAUCUCCCCCAGCCCUCUUAAGAAGAAGAAGAAGCCAGGGGCCUUGAAUUGUAACAACAAAGACCAGUCAGAGCUAAGACAUGGUCCCUUUUACUAUAUGAAGCAGCCAGCACUCACCACAGACCCUGUUGAUGUUGUACCGCAGGACGGCAGGAAUGACUUCUACUGCUGGCUGUGCCACCGCGAGGGCCAGGUGCUCUGCUGUGAGCUCUGCCCCAGGGUGUACCACGCCAAGUGCCUCAAACUACCAGCUGAGCCCGAGGGCGACUGGUUCUGUCCAGAGUGUGAGAAAAUUACAGUCGCUGAAUGCAUUGAAACCCAGAGCAAGGCGAUGACAAUGCUGACAAUAGACCAGCUCUCCUAUUUACUCAAAUUUGCACUCCAAAAGAUUAAACAGCCUGGGACUGAGCCCUUUCAGAAGCCUGUAUCUCUGGAGCAACAUCCAGAUUAUGCAGAGUACAUCUUCCACCCCAUGGACUUAUGUACUUUAGAGAAGAAUGUAAAGAAGAAGAUGUAUGGCUGUACUGAAGCUUUUCUUGCUGAUGUGAAAUGGAUCUUGCACAACUGCAUCAUCUAUAAUGGAGGCAAUCACAAAUUAACAGCAACUGCGAAAGUCAUUGUCAGGAUCUGUGAACAUGAGAUGAAUGAGAUUGAGGUGUGUCCAGAGUGCUACCUGUCCGCAUGCCAAAAAAGGGACAACUGGUUUUGUGAGCCCUGUAGUCAACCCCACCCCCUGGUUUGGGCUAAGCUGAAGGGCUUUCCAUUCUGGCCAGCAAAAGCACUUCGUGAAAAGGAUGGGCAAGUAGAUGCACGCUUCUUCGGGCAGCACGACAGGGCCUGGGUUCCCAUCAACAACUGCUACCUCAUGUCCAAAGAGAUCCCUUUCUCUGUAAAGAAAACAAAGAGCAUUUUCAAUAGUGCCAUGCAAGAAAUGGAGGUCUAUGUGGAAAACAUUCGCAAGAAGUUUGGAGUCUUCAACUACGCACCCUUCCGCACUCCGUACACCCCCAACAACCAGCUACAAAUGCUGGUGGACCCUUCCAACCCCGGUGCUGGUACAGUGAAAACAGAGAAAUCAGAUAAACUUCGCUUCAACUUUGAUAUAACCGCUUCUCCUAAGAUGGUCCUCAGCAAGAGUAGCACACCCAGCAGUAUGAAUCGGCGGGUCUCAAUGACAGACAUGCCUCGGUCUCCCAUGAGUACAAACUCUUCGGUUCACACAGGGUCUGAUGGAGAGCAAGAUGUGGAAAAGGGCAACAGAAAUCCUGCACUCCAUUACAGCACUGGAGAGGAAUCAAUGGACUGUACUGCAUCUCCUGUUUCAGGGAAGAUGGGUCCUGCAGGCAGCGUGUCAGGUAGUCCAAAGCCCUUUAACCCUGGACUGGUGCCAAAGCAGGAGAGGACUGCAGGGACAGGUGGCAUCCUCAAUCUCAACCUGGAUCGAGUCAAGGCUGAAAUGGAUCUCAAAGAGCUGAGUGAGACUGUUCAACAACAGCAGCAACAACAAGGAGUCCCUGCGCCCCCUUCUACUCCAAAGAGACCCAUCAGGAGCUUGGACAAGACUAUUGAAAGCUGCAAGGCACAGCUUGGUAUUGAUGAGAUAUCUGAAGAUGCGUAUAAAGAUGUGGAUCACAGUGACUCUGAGGACUCUGAGAAAUCAGAUUCAAGUGACAGCGAGUAUCUCAGUGAUGAGGAACACAAGCCAAAAAAUUCAGCUCAGGAGGACAAGGACAAAAUGGAGAGAAAAAGGUCUAAAGCAAGCACUGAUGGAGAGAAUAAGGAAGGAGCUGUGGUAACGGGGGAUAAAGCCACCCCGGAACCCCCACUCAAAGAGAAGCAGGGUAGCAAUGGCCCAGAUAGAGACCUCAAGGACAAGCCCAGAACACCCCAGUCUCAACCCCUUGCUGACAAACCCAAAGCCCCAGAGGAUGUCAAAGCAGCUGCUAAUACAUCAGCAGCUGAGCAGGACUCUGAUUCUGAAAGAGAGCUUGUGAUUGACUUAGGGGAUGAACAUGGAGGUCGUGACUCAAAGAGGGCGAAAAAAGAGCUGGGAUCUUCCACUGCCAAAGCUGCCAAAGAGUCUAAUGUUGCCAAGCUGGAAGGCAAACUGCCUUCAUCUGCUACAUCAGUAGCACCAGCACGUGAUGUUACAUCCAGCAUGAAAGACUCGUCGCAGCCUUCUGUCACAUCGGCGCUCAACCUCGUUUCCUCUGCCGCUUCUGCUCAGCCCAGUGCCACGACCACCACCAGUGGAUCCACCAGUACACCUUCUACUGUCUCCACUUCUUCACCAGUGACUACAGCUGUAAAGAAACAGCGUCCCCUACUGCCUAAAGAGACUGCUCAAGCUGUGCAGCGGGCUGUAGUUUGGAAUCCAACAAAGUUUCAAACGUCUUCUCAGAAGUGGCAUAUGCAGAAGAUGCAGAGGCAACAGCAACAGGAUGGAGAGCAGUCGGCUGUGCAGACGCGCAGCCCACAACAGCAAAACUCUUCUUCAAGCACUCGCUAUCAGACCAGACAAGCAGCCAAGGGGCAACAAAAAGACCCACCUCUGAGUGCAUCCUCAUCAACAUCUGCCCAGGUCACAUCUGGUAGCUCUCCUUUUAUGUCUGGUGACUUGCAGAUCCCCACAGUCUCAGCUGAUGUAGCUGCAGAUAUAGCUAAAUACACAAACAAAAUUAUGGACACAAUAAAGGGGACGAUGACCGAAAUCUACAAUGAUCUUUCCAAAAGCACAUCGGGAAACACGAUUGCAGAGAUUCGACGGUUAAGGAUAGAGAUCGAGAAGCUCCAGUGGCUCCAUCAGCAAGAGUUGUCAGAGAUGAAGCACAAUCUGGAACUAACAAUGGCAGAGAUGAGGCAGAGUUUGGAGCAGGAAAGAGAACGAUUGGUGGCUGAGGUGAAAAAGCAAAUGGAGUUAGAAAAGCAGCAAGCGGUGGACGAGACCAAAAAGAAACAGUGGUGUGCUAACUGUCGGAAGGAGGCAAUCUUCUAUUGCUGCUGGAACACCAGUUACUGUGAUUACCCCUGCCAGCAAGCCCAUUGGCCAGAGCACAUGAAGUCCUGCACACAAUCGGCCACAGCGCAGCAGGAGCCGGAGGCAGACCCCAACUCAGAGCCGUCAGUCAAACCAUCGGGCCACUCUCCCGCCACGCAGACCGUGCCUUCAGGCUCGGGAUCAAUAUCGGACAAAAGCAACUCUCCCACAUAUAUGGACAAAAGCAAGGACAGUGCUGGUGUUACUGUGACCUAACUGCUACACUAUGGGCACAUUUUGGGAGGUCACUGUGGGACUCCUUGGUUCAGAUGUGGUGCCGGAAGGCCCACACCUCUGUGACAAAUCGCUUUUUCCCAUUCCCUUAUAUACACCUAGUUUUUGGUUCAAAUGUCAUUCUCAGUUUCCUCAUCUAUGUUCAGGUGGAUUCACCUUGUGAAAGCUGUCUGUCUUGAGAAAUAAAUGUGAGUCAAUAUGUUUGCCAUACUGUAGUUAUGUUACAGCUCUCUCACCACUUUCUCAUCUCUGAGCAAGAUUGUAUGAAUCCACAUAAAACUUUUGUCUUUAUCACAUCCAUUGCUGCUCCUUCAGGGUUGUUUUUUAUUUUGCCGACAGUUCACCAUAUUGUGAGACAAAACAUUUGAAACAGCCAUCAACAUUUAUCAUGGUGCCAUCAGAGAUCUUUUGACCGAUGCAAGUUUUAUCUUUGGUAUAAACCACCGCUUCAUGCCAACUAAGGUGUUUGGGUUUUUUUGUUUUGUUUUUUUAAUUUAGCAAUGCAAGUUUAAAAAUGGUUUCAGCCAUGUACUCUUCAUGUCAGUGGUGGCAUUUCUGUCUCCUACCAGUUUUGUAUUGUAGUUUUAUGUUGUAUAGGACUACAGAAAGAGAUCCAAUUUAUGAAAAUGAACUAAAAAUUUAAACUGUACAAAGUUUUUUGUAAGAAGAUACCUGAACAAUAUUUAUAGUGUUAUAUGUUUUUAUAGUAUGUUUGUUGGAAUUACAUUUCUAUGUGUUUAAAAAAACAAAACAAAAAAAAGUUAUUGGAAAGUAUAUUACUUUAUAUGAAUGUCAGCUCUAAGCAAAACCAGUUUGACCAGAUAUCCAAAGUAAAUCCUGGUCAGACUGCUGCUAAGAACUGGGUAGACAUUAAUAGAAACUGCAUUUUGGCUGGAUAUUACUGCCUGUGAGCAUGUCUGUUUUGAGCUUGUGUCUCGUUCUUGUUUACAUAUUGUAUAUAAAAAUAAAUGGAUCCGUGAAGAAAAAAAUAAAUAAAAAAUC